ACUGAGAAAAAUAGCUUUUGCAUGCUCUGAGAAAGAAAAAUGAGACUGCGUUUGCCAAAAGCUUGUGACCUGCAGAAGCUUUUUCUUGCAGGGAUGGCAAUGGUGGCAACUCUGAGUUGUUUAAGUCAUUCCAAAUGCGAGUUUGAGGCAAUCUUCAAUUUUGGGGACUCGAAUUCAGACACAGGUGGGUUUUGGGCAGCUUUUCCAGCAGAAUCUGGACCCUAUGGCAUGACCUACUUCAAGAGACCUGUGGGUCGGGCUACAGAUGGGAGGCUCAUACUUGAUUUCUUGGCUCAAGCUCUAGGGUUGCCAUUCAUAAGCCCAUAUCUGCAGUCGAUUGGAUCCGACUAUAGACAUGGGGCCAACUAUGCUACGUUGGCAUCCACUGUGCUUUUGCCAAACACGUCCUUGUUUGUCACUGGAAUCAGCCCAUUCUCUCUAGCCAUCCAGCUCAACCAAAUGAAGGCAUUCAAGACCCAAGUUGAAGAACACUCCUGGGAUCAACAAGAAUCGAAGAGACUUCCGUCCUGGGACAUUUUCGGGAAAUCACUCUACACGUUCUACAUUGGCCAAAACGAUUUCACCUCCAAUUUGGCAGCCAUUGGUGUAGGCGGAGUGAAGCAAUAUCUUCCUCAAGUGGUCUCCCAAAUUGCUGGUACUAUCAAGGAGCUAUAUGCCUUAGGAGGGCGGGCAUUUCUGGUACUUAAUCUGGCACCAGUGGGUUGCUACCCAUCAUUUUUGGUGGGGCUACCUCCUUCUGAACUUGAUGCGUUUGGAUGCUCGAUUUCUUACAACAAUGCAGUUGUAGACUACAACAACAUGUUGAAGGAGACACUCAGACAAACCAGAGGCUCUCUCACAAAUGCUUCCCUCAUAUAUGUGGACACCUCCUCUGUUUUGCUGGAGCUCUUCAGACAUCCCACAUCUCAUGGGCUCAAGUAUGGUACCAAAGCAUGUUGUGGGCAUGGGGGUGGUGCCCACAAUUUUGACCCUAGAGUUUUUUGUGGAAACACAAAGGUGAUCAAUGGGAGAACUGUGACUGCAACAGCUUGUAGUGAUCCUUACAACUAUGUAAGCUGGGAUGGAGUCCAUGCCACAGAAGCUGCAAACAAGCUUGUUACAUGGGCUAUCCUCAAUGGCUCUUAUUCAGAUCCUCCUUUUCCAUUUCAUGACUUCUGUGACCUCCAACCUUUAAAUUGAGCAAUCUUUUGCUCUCAAACACUGGCUCGUCUGGUUUCUUCCCCCAUAAGGUAAAAUUAUUUAUUCAAAAGCAAUAACGUAACUUUGUUUUCCAAAGCAUAUUUCCUUGAUCAGUUUUUCAGCAGGGCCUUUUGUUGUUGGUUGACAUUGGAAGCUUGUUCUUGAAAACGGCAUGUGGAAUCUUCGACUUUUUCUUUCAGUGUUCACUGAUCACUGAUGGAGAUAGGUUAUCAAACUAUUUAUUUAUUUAUUAAACCAUGUCUCUUCUCUCUUUAAAUAAGGAAAUUUAUUGAUUGGCUUA